AUGGACCACGCCAUUCCCUGCAACCCCUGCAUUCCUCUCUACCGGAAACCCACACCUCCCCGCCACGUCACCUUACCGAGCAUCACUAUUCGCCACUCUAAAACAUCGAAAUGGCGCCGCAAUUCGACGACGUCGGAGCUCCAAAUGCCGGUGGAAGUAAACGACCGGACCGACUCCGGUUCAGUUCCGAAGCACAAGGUCACCGUCCACGACAGACAACGCGGCGUCGUCCACGAGUUCUUCGUCCCUGAGGAUCAGUACAUAUUGCACACGGCUGAGGCGCAUGACAUCAGUCUUCCGUUCGCGUGCCGGCACGGUUGUUGUACUAGUUGUGCCGUGCGUGUGAAGUCUGGGAACCUUAAUCAGCCCCAGGCACUAGGGAUCUCUGCUGAAUUGAAAUCACAGGGAUAUGCGCUUCUUUGUGUGGGAUUUCCAUCAUCUGAUCUUGAAGUGGAAACACAAGACGAGGAUGAGGUAUACUGGCUUCAAUUUGGAAGAUAUUUUGCGCGGGGUCCAAUUGAAAGAGAUGAUUAUGCAUUGGAGUUGGCACUGGGCGAUGAAUAAGCAAUGUAGAAUAUUUGAUUUUGGAGACCGAUCUACUGAGUAAGAUAUGUUGUAUCCUUUGUCCUACUAUUUUAUAUACACUUGAGUGUACAUCCAUGUUGGUUGGUUAGUAAAUUGGAAAUUAUUUUGACUUUUUUUUUAAUGGUCAUGCUUGUUUAGUUUCGAUCAAACAAGGCCCUGCAUGGCUUGAAUCAUUUCUCCAAGUUGACCUCUAUGUAACCAAAUCUUGUGCAAUAUAAUCUACAUUUCAGAGUGAAUCAGUUGUAUAUGUAACCAAU